GUGCCAUAAAACGCAAGGUGGAAUUAGAGUGGGGUACAGGGGAUACAGAAUAUCUUCAGAAGGUACAUACUCACGUGGAAGGAGCAUUAAAUGAGUUAAAACCUGACAUCAUUGUCUAUAAUGCUGGGACUGAUAUUCUGGAUGGCGAUCCAUUGGGAGGACUUGCUAUUUCACCUCAGGGAAUUGUGAAGAGAGAUGAAGUUGUGUUCAAGGCUGCCAGAAGCCGCAGAAUCCCAAUCCUGAUGGUGACGUCUGGAGGCUACCAGAAGAGGACAGCACGGAUUAUUGCUGAUUCCAUUCUCAAUUUGCACAACCUGGGGCUUAUUGACAAGGAGCUAGUAACCAGUGGAGCUGAAAAUCCCAAGGUAGAACAGAUGAUUAGAGAGACUGCUAAAGACUUAACCAACUUGUCGCUGCAAUGA